AUGUGUAGAACACUGGGUAAACCCACAUCCACAUCUUCUUCCCCAAUUAUCGUGCUACCUCGAGCUGCCACGAGACGUGCGCAGCUCACCGUCACGACGUCUUCCACAAAGCGCCGUAAGGUAGCAGAGCCUCGCAGACCAGGAACACUUCCGGGUUUGUCGUUCGCCUCGCAGGCCGGAAGACGUCACGGUCAACCUCCUAGCUCCGACCGCUCCUCCACCUCCACCUCCACGGCCUUGCCUCAUCGCCGCUCUUCGCCCACCUCCCCUUCCAACCGCAGUCAGAGUUCAUCGUCCUCACCGCCUCCCCGCUACAUUCCCGCCCAUCUGCAGGACGAAGUCUUGGGAACCAGAUCUCAUUCCUCCGCUCCUCCCUCCUCCCCGACCCCGGAUUUGACUGGUAGUACCGUCGACUACCCCUCGGCCGCCUGCGCUGGUUUGACUUUACACAGCGAUCCCGCGACCGAUAUGUCGGGCUCGGACGAAAAGCUUCACGCUCGCGGAGCGUCAGACACUGAACAGGAUGUGGUGAUGGAGCAGGUUCCCGCCUUGAAGGAUAGUCAACCUCACUCCGACCAGCCGGAUGCGAUGGACACCUCGACAUCGGGAGACGACAACUCAACUGGCAACGAGGACAGCUCCAUUUCGGACAAUGUAUAUCCCACUCCGUCCAGCAUGUCUACCUAUACGGCUUCCACCGAGACACGAGCCCACUCGAAAGCGGAGGCUUCCGUCGCAUCCGCUGACCCUCCUUCUUUCGAUGACCAGGUGGCGCAAGUGACCCGGUUCAUGAUGCAACCUAUGCAGAGGAAGCAGAAAGGAUAUGUGGUGUCAAUGUCGUGGUUGAAGCGGGUGUUUGCGCGAAGCUCUACCCAUGCAGACCAGGCGGACAAGACCGCUGCUGAAGGGGAGAUUGGCCCGGUUGACAAUUCGGAUAUUGUCCUGGUCACUGACCCCGCCAACACGGGCUUCAAGGACGAAAAUGGAGAGCCUUUUGUUCCCCUGCGACCGGGCUUGCAGCUUGGAGAGGACUAUGAGAUCGUGCCCCAGGGAGGUUGGGACCUGAUCAUGCGGUGGUACGGCCUUGCCGAGCAGUCCCCCGCCAUAGUCCGCUACGCUCACAACACCGCACCCCCGGGCGACGGCGAGAACAUUCAAUACGAGAUCAAUCCUCCGAUCUUCACGAUUCUGAAGCUCACGAACCCGUCCGGCGGAACCACUCCCAAGUCACUGAAGGAAAGGAACAUGCUCCCCGUUCGACAUCUUGCCAGUAGGCACACAAGUUUCCAGAAAUGGCUGAAGCAAGUCAAGAACCUUGCAAGAAUCGAGAUGUCGACCAAAGUCCGCGUCUGGAGAAUCCUUGAUGGUCUCGGAAGUGCCACCACCUCCGCUGCGGUCACUCCGGCUGCCUCUCGAACUGCCUCACCAGCGCCUUCCGCAUCGACUGCGCCCCACGCUGGAGGCAGUCUUGUGCUCGAUCUCAACACCUUUCUUUCCCUCUCCGAAGGUUCACAGCGCGAGUUGCUGGAAGAUGCUACUGAUCAAACUACCAAUACCAAAUACAACGGUCGCAUGCCGUUGGAUCUUGUCGGGCUGGGUGGCAGUGACAUCGUGGUGCUCGAAGAGAGGCUUCCUGGGAAACAGGGCGACUGGGUAUCUGAAGCUUCCAAGCAGACUCUGAACCGCCUUGGGGUGCCCACAGGGAACCUCAAGACCGAAGUGUCUACCAAGGUGAAGACUAACAGCCCUGCGACUAGUGGGCGCUCCUCUCCAGUCCUAGAGCCUGCGAGGGGAAGGCGCAAGGAUGGCAAACCCCGUGGCAAUACGGGUCUGAGUAACCUUGGCAAUACAUGCUACAUGAACUCCGCCCUGCAGUGUGUUCGUAGCGUGGAGGAAUUGACCUACUAUUUCUUGAACAACGUGUACAAGAAGGAUCUCAACCCCAGCAACCCCUUGGCCCACAAUGGUGAUGUGGCUAAAGCCUAUGCCAACCUGCUUCGUCAAAUCUACGACGAGGCAGGCCAAUCCUCUUUUGCACCCAGGCAACUGAAACAGACUAUCGGCCGCUAUGGUCCGGCAUUCUCUGGUUACGGCCAGCAGGACUCACAGGAGUUCCUUCUGUUCCUUCUUGAUGGUCUUCAGGAAGAUCUGAACCGAAUUCAGAAGAAGCCCUAUAUCGAAAAGCCAGACUCAACGGAUGACAUGGUUCACGACAAAGCGAAAUUGAAAGAGUUUGCCGAUAAAUGCUGGGAGAUUUACAAGGCUCGCAAUGACUCCGUGAUCACGGAUCUCUUUGCUGGCAUGUACAAGUCUACCCUCGUCUGCCCUGCUUGUGACAAGGUCAGCAUUAUCUUUGACCCGUUCAACAACCUCACUCUUCAGCUUCCGAUUGAGAACCUCUGGAGCAAGGAGAUCUUCUACUUCCCUCUGAACAAGAAACCGGUUAUUGUGGAUGUGGAGAUCGACAAGCACGCCAGCAUCAAGUCUCUCAAGGAGUUGGUCGCCAAGAAGAUGGGCUCCGACCCUCAACGCCUGGUCAUGUCUGAGAUCUACAAGAACAAGUUCUACAAAAUGUUCGACAAUGCAAACUCUAUCGCCGAAUGCCAGAUCAGCAAUAAUGAUGAUAUUGCCAUUUAUGAGGUGGAGUCUGUUCCGACCAACUACAACCCAGACAAGCCCCAGAAGAGUUACUUCUCUUUCAAUCGGUCAGAACAUGAGGAGAUUCCGAAGCUCGAUUCCCCCAGGGCGGAUCGACUACUUGUGCCUAUCUUCAAUCGGUACGAGAAGCCGAGGUCGAACAACCCGAAGAACACCCUGCGGCCCCUGUUUGGUGUGCCUUCCUAUGUUGUCAUCAACAGGGAGGAGCUUGGCGACUACGAUGCUAUCUUCCGGAAGGUUCUCGCGCAAGUGGCUUCCAUGACAACGCGCGAUUUCCUGAACGAGGUCAACGACACGGAGUCCAAUCAGGAAGACUCAGACACUGUUGUCAUGAACGAUGAUGACGCAGAAUCGGCUGAUUCCAAGAUCAAGACGUCUUCAGUCGAUGGGGAAGAUGGGAUUGUUGAUGUUUCGAUGCGCGACGCAGAAGACAAUCAAGAGGAUGCUCCAGCCAGCCGUGAGGGUGGCAUCCCUUCGAACCUUCGUAGCUUGUUUGAAAUGAAGAUCAUCAAAUCGAACGAGGUCGUCCCUCUCGGCUUUUCCUCAGUCGAUGACCACAAGGAGUACCCCCGGAUGUCUUUCAGAAUCAAGACAAAGCCCGUUCCGAAAAAGCAGGAGAAAUCCGAUGAGGAAAGCUCGGGUAAACAGAGCCCGGACAGCGCUGCUGACGAUUCUGACGUCUUUACCGAUGUCAAACGCCCUGCGCCUGAACCUAUUAAGCCAGCCCCUCCCAUGAUCCGACCGGGCGAAGGCAUCGUGGUCGACUGGACAGAGGAUGCCUACGAUGCUCUGUUUUCUGGCGACAUACAAAGAGACUCUCUCCGUGGUAGCCCGACCUGGACCAACGUUGAGAGGCACCCGGAUCCGGAGCUGUCCAAGAAGCGCGCGCUUCGGCAGACCCGCAAGAAGAGAGGCGUUACUCUGUACGAGUGCUUGGAUGAGUUCAACAAGGAAGAGAUUCUUUCCGAAAAUGACGCCUGGUACUGUCCUCGCUGCAAGGAGCAUCGCCGGGCUAGCAAGAAAUUCGAGCUCUGGAAGACGCCUGACAUCUUGGUCAUGCAUCUCAAGAGAUUCAGUGCCAGUCGCGGUUUCCGAGACAAGCUUGAUGUUCUGGUCGACUUCCCCGUGGAAGGUCUCGAUAUGAGCGGCCGGGUAGAGGCUCCGGAGGAAGGCAAGAGCCUUAUCUACGAUCUCUUUGCUGUAGACAACCACUAUGGUGGGCUCGGAGGAGGUCACUACACGGCGUACGCCAAGAACUUCAUGACCGGUCAAUGGAACGAAUACAAUGAUUCUUCUGUGUCGCGACCCCUCGACCCUCAGAGUGUGGUCACCCCAUCGGCUUACCUCUUGUUCUACCGCCGUCGUUCCGAUCGUCCCUUGGGUGGCAAGGUUCUUGAGGAGGUCACCGAGGCAUCGACGCGUCCAGGAAGCGACGCAGACUCCCAGAGCGAGUCGCGCGGGCAGUCUCCGUCGGGGGAAGGUCGGCGUCUCGGCGGCUCCUCCCGCAAUGGGUCGUCGAGCGCAUUAGCCGGAGUCGGAGCAGCUCACCAAUCGGGAGAUGGUGGUUUGCGAACUAGAACGCAAGCGAAGAGCGGGGAUGAAGACUCGCCGCCGGAAUAUUCCAACAGCCUCUCGUACGGCGAGCAGACCAUGGGCCAAGCCAAUCGAUUGUCAGGUAUGGAUUUCGAAGACGAGGAGUUUGGACACGGACCGCAACCCAGCCCGUUCCGCCACGUGGAUCCGCCCUCGUGGUCGUUCAGUCAAAUCUCGGAUGCUCACGGCCCUUCACAGAUGACCGCAGCGCAACGGGGAUCGAUCUCUGAUGAUGAUUUGCUCGACGACGAUGACAGCAACAAGGCCGUUGGGGGCGGUGACGUCAGCGACACCGACCUCCGGAUGGCGGCUCUCACUGACAGCCCCGGAGGGGGGUUGGGCUUCCCUGGCACGCCCAUGGAGGAGACCUCCUUCCAGGAGCUGCACCCAUUCGGUGGUGAUGGAGACGACGACGACGACGACGACGAUCUGCCGGUGGUGGAAUUGCAAGUGAACGACGACGACGACCGAGUUCUGCCCUAA